AAAAAAAACGUUUUUAUGGAAGGCCUGUGGUUUGUAAAUAGACUCCUAAAAUGCAAUACUACGUCGUACUGGUUACCUUCUAUAUUUUGUAAAUUGUAAAAUCCGACUUCUUCCAGCAAGGUGGCCCAACUUGCAAGUCAGCUAGCGGUGAUUCAUAAGUUUAGAUCGGUAAAGGAAAAAAGGAAAAUCUACUGCGAACUUGAAUAACAAUGAGCAACGACAGUGAAGAUGCAGCACGACGUCGUAAUGCGGUGGCUGAGUAUCGCAAGAAGUUACUCCAGCACAAGGAGUUGGAAUCCAGAGUACGAGUUGUGAGAGAAAGUCUGAGGUCUGCAAAGAAAGAGUUCAACAAGACAGAGGAUGAUUUGAAGUCUCUUCAAAGUGUUGGUCAGAUCAUUGGUGAAGUUCUCCGACCUCUUGACAAUGAACGCUUAAUUGUUAAAGCAAGCAGUGGACCCCGGUAUGUGGUUGGCUGCCGCAGCAAGGUGGAUAAGGAAAAACUGACUGCUGGAACUAGAGUGGUUCUUGAUAUGACAACACUCACAAUUAUGCGGGCUCUUCCACGCGAGGUAGAUCCAGUUGUUUAUAACAUGCUGCAUGAAGAUCCUGGUAAUGUGAGCUACUCAGCUGUGGGUGGUUUAUCCGACCAAAUUAGAGAGUUGAGGGAAUCUAUUGAGCUACCUCUUAUGAACCCUGAGCUAUUUCUUAGAGUGGGCAUUAAACCUCCAAAGGGUGUCCUUCUCUAUGGACCUCCUGGUACUGGAAAGACAUUACUGGCUAGGGCUAUUGCGAGUAACAUAGAUGCCAAUUUUUUGAAAGUUGUUUCAAGUGCCAUUAUUGAUAAAUACAUUGGAGAAAGUGCUAGGUUGAUAAGAGAAAUGUUUGGCUAUGCACGAGAUCAUCAACCAUGCAUCAUUUUCAUGGAUGAGAUUGAUGCCAUUGGUGGACGACGUUUUAGUGAAGGAACAAGUGCUGAUCGUGAAAUUCAAAGGACCCUGAUGGAGUUACUUAAUCAACUUGAUGGAUUUGAUCAGCUUGGGAAGGUUAAAAUGAUAAUGGCAACAAACCGACCUGAUGUUCUUGAUCCUGCACUUCUUCGUCCGGGGAGGUUAGACAGGAAAAUAGAGAUUCCAUUGCCAAAUGAGCAAUCAAGAAUGGAAAUCCUUAAGAUUCAUGCUGCUGGCAUUGCCAAGCACGGGGAGAUUGACUAUGAGGCUGUUGUGAAACUUGCAGAGGGUUUUAAUGGAGCUGAUCUGCGCAAUGUUUGCACGGAGGCUGGAAUGUCUGCAAUUCGUGCAGAACGUGAUUAUGUCAUUCAUGAAGAUUUUAUGAAGGCUGUAAGGAAGCUUAAUGAGGCGAAGAAACUUGAAUCAAGCGCACACUAUAAUGCUGAUUUUGGGAAGGAGUAGAAGCCUUUUCUCUUAAUUGUCAUAAGUUGCGGGCAAUGCAUUUAUUUCAAAUACAUAUGAUGCAUUGUUUAACCAUGUAGGACAUUUAUCUAAGUUUACAAACUUCCAAAGUCGUGGAUUUCACGCUUGGAAAUUUUCAAAUAUUGUACCUCACGAGUCUUUGAACAUGUAGAAAAUGAGUUUUAAUUGUUUCUCCAUGGUCAA